GCCGAAAGUUUGCUUUAACUUAUAAUGGCUAUAAAAGCAACACAUGUAUUUGGUUUUCUUGUCUCUCUGCUUCUUCUGCUCUUAUUGAUCUCCUUUCAAGUUGGAGUCUCCGAAGCUGCCAACCGUAACCAACGUCAAGGACCGGGCUCGCAGUCGCCUCUCCCUCCUACUGCCCCUAUAUAUCUGCCGCCCUCUAAAUCGCGCAGAGGAAAGGGUCCAUAA